GAAGCUCGAGCAGCGGGCGCAACUUAGUGAGACACAAACUAAACCACUGAUCCUCUCACGCUGUGUCGACCCGACAACAAUACCAACGGCGGUAUCGCUUCUGUGGAUGUUUGGAUCGAUCCGCUCAGCCCCAGUUUGAGCAGCAAUGUGUUCAGUUCAGUAUUUGAGAGAGUUCAUCAAGGAGAGACUAACUGCUGUUUGUGAAGAAAUCUUAUUAGAGGUUCAAAAAACCGUCGUCCAUUAUGAGGAGGAGAUCGACCGUCAGCGCAGACUGCUGGAUAUCAGCCGGACACCCGACGCAAACUCACAUAUCACAGAACUCCCACAACAACAUGACUGUGAGGAAGAGGAGGGUCCAGAUGAGCAACAGGUCUAUAACCAGGAGAGGAGCUCCAGUCUGGACCAGGAGGACCCAGAGCCUCCACAAAUUAAAGAGGAACAGGAGGAAGUCUGCAGCAGUCAGGAGGGAGAGCGGCUUGUACUGAAGCAGGAGGCUGAAGGCGUCUGGACUGAUGAAGAGAGGCUCACACUGCUGGAGACUGCCUGGAAACCUGAGAUAAAGUUACACAGAAUAGACCCCCAACAGCAACAUGUCUGUGAGGGGGAGGAGAUUCUCACAGGGCAGCAGGUCUGUAACCAGGAGAGGAACUCCAUUAUGGACCAAGAGGACCCAGAGCCUCCACAGAUUAAAGAGGAACAGGAGGAACUCUGCAGCGGUCAGGAGCAGCUUGGACUGAAGCAGGAGGCUGAUGCCUUCAUGGUGACUCCUACUUAUGAGGAAAGGGACGAGACAGAUGCAGAACCAAACAGUGAGGAACAACUUUCUCACAGCUCUUCUGAAGCAGAGAGCCAAGAUCAGGAAAAAAGCCAACAUGUGGACUCAAGAUCAACUAGAAUUGCAGAGGUGAACAAGAGGAACAGAAGACAUCACAGAAAGAGAAGUCACAGUCAGAGUGUAGACAAUACUCCUAUGUCAGAGAUACAGAGUCAAACUGACACAGGGAAAAACUCUAUACAGUGUGGCACCUGUGGAAAAACCUUUCAAUAUAAAUCCCACCUGGUUAGACAUCUGAGAAUUCACACAGGUGAGAAGCCAUAUUCUUGUAGCACCUGUGGGAAAAAAUUCAAUGAGGAAUCAACAUUGAAAUCUCAUGUAAGAGUUCACACAGAUGAAAAGCCUUAUCUUUGCGGCAACUGUGGGAAAAGAUUCAGGUGGAGGACACAGUUAGUGAAACACAUGAGAAUUCAUACUAGUUAAAGGUUUCAUACUUAGAAAAUGUGGGACACCUGUGAGUCGUAGCAGUGUGUUGGUGGUAGAGCUCACACUAGCAUUGUAGUACUCGAGGACUCUGGAUUUUAUUUCAAGACUGCAGCUGUGGAAGUAUCACUAAAUUGCCAGAAUAUUGUUCAAUUUAUUUGUUAACUUCCUUGCUUUUUGUGAUGGCCAAACCUAUGGCCACACCCCAGCAAAGUCGGUAAUUCCCAUAUGCACUAUUCAUACAAACACCAUUAUUUUAGUUUGCAAUAAAUUGGUUGGUUUAAAUGCAUUUGCUCUAUUUGUAAGCAUGCACAUUUAGUUCACUUGUAUUUUUCUCAACCUAUGGUUCAUUUUUGUUUAUGCUCAUAAUUAGUUUUUGUUUCUUUACCGGUACUUACUGUUGUAAUCCUUGGGAGUUGCCUGACAAAAGAUGUUGGCCAGGGCUGACCACACCGGAACACAAUGGACAAAUUGGACUGCACCACCGGUUCCUGUAGAGGGGAGGGACUUAGAGUUUCUUUAGCUAAAUAAAGCUUUCCAUUUAAGUGAAUAAUUUGUAUUUGGGAGCUUUAAGAUUUGGCUUUUUUGUUUUUUGGUUUUUUUUGUGUGUUUAGUUUAUUAACAAACUUAGCUGUAUUGUGGUGUUUGGUGUAAUUGGUGUAUUCUGUUUAGUUACCCCUAUUGUGUGUUAGUGGUCUGAUCAGCCAGCAUAUAUACCCCAGUGUGUCAUUUUCUUAGGUGGGUCAGUCAUGUUUGGUUUGUGCAGCUAGUUUGUUUGUGUACAUUUUUGCCUGAGUUCAGUUUUGUUUCUUUGACCUCUUUCAUGAGCUCAGUAUUUUGUAAUUUUUAUUUUUUUGGGUUAAAAUA